AUGUCGUCUUACGAAGAAGAGGAAGACCAACUGCCACCAUUGCCUCAGGAGUUAGUCCGCGUUCCAACCCCAGAUUCGAAUCUACACCACCAGAACGAGAAUGGAAAUGGUAAGCUUGUUGUUGUUGUUUCUUUUUUCGUUUAGGUUUAUUCUACUGUUUUUUGAGUCUCUAAAGGCGUUGACAUCUACUUAUCAAUCGUAUUUGCAGGGUUAUUUGCUCAGUUUGUCGAAGAUCUCGACAAAGGUGUGCCGGAGGAGAAGAUCCACGAUUUUGUUUACGAUUAUCUGAUUGGAGAAGGCAUGGGAGAUGUGGCGCAGCUGCUGGCACAAGAAUCCGGCUAUCCAUUGCCUCCGGAUGAAACCUUGAAUAUUGAGAAACUAGCAGAGAGGAAUCAAAUUCGCGAAGCCAUUCAGGAUGGGAGAAUCUUGGAAGCGAUCGAUCGAAUCAAGGAAUUAUGUCCUGGGAUGUUGGAAAACGACAAAGAAUUCCACUUUAUAGUUCUGCGGCAGCACUUGGUCGAGGUUAUCCGAAAAAAGUGAGUAUUGUCUUCUUUGUUUCUUGGUUUUUAGGUUGUUCGAAAGAGUUGUCGCAUGUGGAACAUCAGGAGAUGAAUGUAUAUCGAUUUCAUCACCCUAGCUUCAAUUUUAUUUUUUUCAGAGACGAUGAUGAAGCCUUGGACUUUGCUCAAAAAUAUCUCGCCGACAAAUGCGACAACAACACCUCCCGGGAACAAAUGUCUCUCCUAGAACAAACUUAUGCUCUAUUGGCAUUCGAGAAGCCAGAGGAGUCGCCGUUCGGUCAUCUAAUGCAUUCCAGUCAGAAACAAAUGCUGGCUCAUGUUGUUAAUCAAAAGAUUCUAACUCAUCUCGGGGUCACUCCUCAAACCCGAUUCGAGAAGCUUUUGAAGAUUAUGGUCUGGAAUCAGUCACAGAUUGCUGGAAAGGGAGAUAUUGGUUUGAAUAUUCCUCAGAGUGUGAUCAAUCAACAAGCUCGAGAUCUUUUUGACCAUCCAGAUGAUGCGGAAGAAGAGGAUCCGGAAGAGUCUUUGUAAGUCUUGUCUUUUAUUGGUUUAUCCCAUUGCGAGUGGUCUGAGGAUCUCGUCUUUUGAGUUCUGAAUCUGCUGAUCGGGUUUUUGAGGUAUUCUGGAUGUUAUACAUGAUGAAUUUAGGUUGGAUGAGGAGUGCAAGUUUUUUGUUUUUAUAGGCCAAAGAAGCUUAAUUGAAAUUAUUUUGAUAAGAUCUUUUUGAUAUGCCUUGAAUUUAGGUGCGUUUUUUUAAAAUUAUUUUGCUAAUCUUAUCCUGUUUUAGCUGGCGCCGCUAUAGCGGAGCCUAG